GGUUCGCGUGGGUGCGUUUUUUUAUUUAAUUUGAUAGUAGGUCGUUUCGUCCGGGGAGUAGGAUGCUGAGGUGGGCCCGUACCACGGUAUAACGGACUGGACAUUAUGUGCCACGACGCCCGUUCGGUCUGCUACCGCCACUACAAUUCCUUCCAGAAAGAAGGCAACAGAGCGUCGCUUCACUCGGUUUUUGUGCCCAUCCAUUUCGUUCCCAGCAAGCUUUUUGUAUUCUCCUUGCGAUGCCUCCUAACAUUAUCGCUAACUAGAAAAAUGGAGGAGAUAAUGGGCAGUUUCAAACACCGGAAGGUGUCUGAGAUGGUCAAGAGUGAUGAUGGUGAAGAUAUGAUCAGCCAGUUACCUGAUGGCAUUCUUUAUCACAUUCUUUCAUUUCUUCCCACCACAGAUGCAGUAGCAACAUGCAUACUGUCUACCCGGUGGAAAAACCUGUGGACCAUUGUUCCUAAUCUUGACUUUGAUGACUCCUCGUUGUACUCUACCUGUGUUUUUGGUUAUCCACUAAAAGUAACUUGUUUUAUGCAUUUCGUCCAAACAGUGCUUCAGCAUAGAAACACACCUACUAUUCAAAAGUUUCGUCUUUCUUGCCGUGUUUGUUUCAGUGGCUCUCAUGUUUGUGCAUGGCUAUCAUCAGCUAUCAAAGAUAAUGUUCAAGAGCUUGACCUUUGCCUCUUUGUUGAGGAACCUUUUUCCUUGCCCCGAUGUGUUUUUGAUAGUAAAUCACUUGCAGUUCUAAAACUAGAAAUGAAUUGCGUCCUUGAACUGCCUGAUUCUAUCUCUUUUCCAUGCCUUAAAACCUUGCACCUCUGUCUCGUCACAUUCCAUGAUGAUACGUCAACCCAAGGACUGCUCUCUGGUUGCCCCGUGCUUCAAGAAUUGGCUAUAUUAGAUUGCGAAUGGAUGAAUUUGAAGUGUGUUUGUUUAUCCAUUCCUUCUUUGAAGAGUUUGACAAUAGACGACUUGCCCUUUUUUGGAUCUGUUGAUGAUUUAAAUGGUUGUGAAAUCCAGAUUGAUGCAGCCAAUCUCCAUUUCUUCAAGUACAAUGGCUAUCUUACCAAUGAAAUUUAUGUCUAUAAUCUGUCUUCUCGAAUGGAUUCUUCUAUUCAUAUUGCUCUGUGUGAGAAGAGGAAACAAUUGGCUAUCCGUGCGGCUAAGCUAUUUACAGGACUGAACAAUUCCAGCUCCUUGAGAAUAUCUGUUGGUUCUGUCAUGUCUCUAUUCGUUGCAGAUGAUGUUCUUGACCGUCUUCCAGUUUUUCACAACUUAACACAUUUACAUUUGAGCAAGAGGCUUGAAAACCAAACAAUUGGAGCACUGGUGGAGUUGAUUCGAAGCUUCCCGAAUUUAGAAUCUCUUAAUUUUCCUGAGGGACUUGAGUUUUGCAUGGCAGCUGAAGAAAAUGACUGGAUCUUGAAGUCAAUACCAACAUGUUUCUUAUCAAGUCUCAAGACAGUUAAUUAUUGCCAUUUUCAUGCAAAAGAUAUGGAAAUUUGUUUCAUCAAACUUCUGCUGAGUUUUGCUAUCGUUUUGGAGCAAAUGAAUAUAUUCUGUUCCCACAGCUCUUUGCAGGAUCCUUUGAAAAUUAGUGAGGUUAGGACUCAUUUGCAUUCCCAUCCUAAAGGAUCAGAUCAUUGUGAAAUCAUGUUUAUUGAAGCAUGAAAGCCCCCAUACUUUUUGCGGCUGGUAGUAUGUCUAGUUAUAAUUAUAGUGGCUACAUCUGCUCAACACCUGCCAUUUUGAUUGGAGAUAUCCACACUUGGCCAUGGCCUAUGGAGAUAUCUACUGUUCUAUUUCCUAUGAUGCACUUCAGCCAUGGUAUUGCUAAUGAUUGGGAUUCUCAUCUACUGUUGACAUCAGUGGCUGUAUUUGUGCCGAAAAACAAGGCUACAUCAGUUUGCAACUGUAAUGGGCCUUAUUUUUCUCACAAAUUAAGUCUGUUCUGUGGUCAGAAUCAUUCCCUAUUACUGAUGGAAUAUGAAUCUAGUUUUUUUUUUUCUUCUUUUGCUCUCCUGUUCUAAGGGGAAGAAAUAGGAAGUUUGUAAAUGUUAUGAAAAGCUAGCCUUGUAUAGUUUUGCUGUUUCAGAGCUUGUAAGUUGAAACACGAAAGCACAACAGUGCGGUGAUGCUGCUUUUUUUUUUCUGAUGGAGGGAAAUGCAUGUAAAGUUGUAAAUCACACAUCAGCUUGUAAGUCUGAUGUCAAACUUAUCCAUGAUCAUGACUCAUGCGUAUAUUCCACAUUACCACCACCUGGUCCAUCUUGAAAGUGGAAAUUGCAUAAAAGACUCGAAAUCCAUUUAGGCAUGGACUUGGCCUGGUCCAAAACCGGUGUGUAUUGUUUGGGCCAUGAAAGUGUCUAUUUUAUUUGAGCUUGGAUUUCCGCUCUCUUGACCCGUUCGGUUACUGUGUGACAAUAUUUUGGCUUUCUACUUAUCAGCUAAUCCUAUUCGGCAUGCCAGAAGCAAACAUAUUGAUUAUUAUUGACAUUGACUAUCACUUUGUUCAUGAAUUGAUGAAUGGGUU